AUGAAGAAAAUUACCAGUCUUGUGAUUUUGCUCACUCUUGUAUGGAUUGUCAAAGGCGAGCUUGGCUCACAAUUUGACACAAUCGUAGCCCAACAUGGUCAUGGGAACUUCAAGAGAAUCACUGAAGCUGUCAAAGCCGCACCAAGCAACAGCAAACUCAAAUACUACAUACACAUCAAAGCAGGCACUUAUGUCGAAAAGGUGAUAAUUGGACGAGAAAAAACCAAUCUUGUUUUUAUUGGGGAAGGCAUGGACAUGACUAUUAUCACUGGAAACAGGAGCAACAGAGCAGGCUAUAGCACUUCUGCAUCAGCAACAGUAGACAUAUUUGGAGAAGGCUUUAUAGCAAAGAACAUUACAUUCAUAAACUCUGCUGGAGCGGGCAACGGACAAGCUGUGGCAGUGAAGAGUAGUUCCAUGUUUUCUGCAUUCUACCAAUGUAGAUUCAAAGGCUAUCAAGACACGCUUUAUGUCCACAGUGGCAUCCAGUUCUACCGGGAAUGUGAAAUCUUUGGGACAGUUGAUUUCAUCUUCGGAGAUGCAAGGGUGGUUUUCCAAAAGUGUGGCAUGUAUGUUCGUCUCCCCGGAAACACAAAUGUGAUUACCGCUCAAGGGAGGGGAACAAGUCUGGAUUCUGGUGGCAUAUCCAUCCACAACUGCACAAUUGCAGCCACAAAGGAGUUCAACUCCCAUUUGGGAAUCAAGGCGUAUCUUGGCCGACCAUGGGGGCGAUUUUCCAAAGUAGUUAUAAUGCAAUCCUUCUUGGAUGAUAUCAUAGACCCGGAGGGAUGGCUUCAAUGGGGUAACGAUACUUCUUCACUAUAUUAUGGGGAAUAUAAUAAUACUGGCGUUGGAGCUAGCUUAGCGAAAAGAGUAAAGUGGAAAGGACGCAAACGCAUGGACCUAGUCCAAGCCAAAAAAUUCACAGUGAGGAAUUUCAUCUAUGGUCAGAAGUGGCUGAAUCCAACCAAAAUCCCAUAUUCUCUAGAUUUUAUGUAG